GCACCUCAGAUGAUAAAUUCAUUAUAGAUUUUCCUGAAAGUAGAUCAAAGCUCAUGAAGAGUUGUAGACAAAGGCGAUGUCUAUCUUUCGUCCCCUUUGUAUAGCCUCUAUAAUCUCUGUCUGCACACUUGGGUCCACUGGUCUAUUUGACUGUUCUUUUAACAAACAAAUAACAGCAGAUUGACAUGGAAAAACAUUUGCAAGGUGGCAAAGCUUUUGGAUAUCUCAAGUCUCAACAGGAGGAGAAACUGAACUCCAUCAAUGAGAUUUUCCUCUCAGAUCCCAAAUAUGCAGAUGAGGAGGACUUCAGCUCAAAACUAGAGAAGUUCAAAAACAAAUACAUGGAAUUUGAUCAUAAUGAUCAAGGAGACAUAGAUAUUAUGGGGCUGAAACGUAUGUUAGAGAAGCUGGGGGUGGCGAAGACUCACUUGGAGCUGAAAAAGAUGAUAUCAGAGGUUGUUGGCAAUACCACACAAGAAACGUUCUGCUACACAGACUUCCUCAACAUGAUGCUGGGGAAGAGGAAUGCCAUACUCAGACUGAUCUUAAUGUUUGAGGAGAAGGGGAAAGACCAGGAACCCAAAGAGACUGGACCACCGCGGCGCAAGACUUUCUCAGAUCUGCCGUGAAGGCAGUUGCAUUUUAUAUAUAUCCAACUUGUUUAUGUAAUAAUGAAAUGUCAAAUGUUGAGAUUUGUUGCAGGCAUCCUUGUAAGGAAUAAAAAUAGGUUUGAUGGA